GAGGCGAUAAAAGCCCCAACAUAUCGCCGAAGUAGAUCAGUUUAGCACAGAAUUCGCAAACGACUUGAAAGAAAGCCCAACCCAUACGAUCCCGAGUAUCCAAAGCAAAGCAUCCGUAUACAAGACCCUUCCGUCCAACACAGAGUUACCCAUUGAUCGCAUCUCUAAUGCUCGUCUGGAACGAUAAACAGGAUACCAACUUCACAUUCAUUUGAGCAGAGUGCUCCAUUCGCCAGAAUUUGGACCGGAGAUACCGUCGUACCCAAAAUAUUAGCAAUUUUUGUUGGUGUUUAUUUUUUGUUUGGUUUUGUUUUUCGAUUUUCUUUCGUUGGAUUGGGAAAAGGGCCGGCCUGGUGAUAAUGCCCAGCAGUGUUGCCAACGAGAGUCAGUUCCGAUACCAGAGCAGCCGCAGUCGGGCCAGCUGCCCAAGCCGGAGUCCUAGUGGGCCGGAAUCCCCGACGCCGGUGACGCCCAACUGCGAUGUAGUCGACCUGGCGCUGGCCGAGCUGCAGCUCCAGUCGCAGGAGAUCCGGAAGCAGCAGGAACUGGUGGCCACCACGAGCAGCAGCAGCAGCAGCAGCAUCAGCAGCAUUGGCAGUCCCAAGCGAUCCGGAUGGCAGAUAAAGAGCUCCAAGCUCUCCCUUAACACGCACAAUCGCAUCCGGAACAUUGUGGAAUCGCUGAAGAUCAAGCCGAAUCCGGAGAAGCCCAUGAUACCGCUGUCCAUUGGCGAUCCCACAACCUUUGGCAAUCUAAAAGCCGCCGAUGAGACAAUGAAGGCGGUGCUCCACUCGCUGGAGAGCGGCAAGUUCAAUGGAUACGCCAGCACCAUGGGUCACGAGGUAGCCCGCAAGGCGGUGGCCAAGUACAGUGCCCACCAGCGCAGCGACGGCGAGAUCGAUCCCAACGAGGUGGUGCUCUGCAGCGGCUGCUCCUCCGCGCUGGAGUACUGCAUCCUGGCGCUGGCGGAUCGGGGUCAGAAUGUGCUGGUGCCGCGGCCCGGUUUCUGUUUGUACUACACGCUGGCCGAGGGAAUGGAUAUCGAGGUGCGCUACUACGACCUGCUGCCCGAUCAGCAGUGGCGCGCCGAUCUCGUUCAGCUGGAGAGUCUGAUCGACGAGAACACCGCCGCCCUGUUGAUCAACAAUCCGAGCAAUCCAUGUGGCAGCGUCUUCGACGAGCAGCACUUGCGCGAGCUGAUCGCCAUCUGCGAACGCCACUAUUUGCCCAUCAUCGCCGAUGAGAUCUACGAGCACUUUGUGUUCCCCGGCUCCAAGCACUUGGCCGUGAGCAGCCUGACCACGGAGGUUCCAGUUCUCUCCUGCGGCGGUCUGACCAAGCGCUUCCUGGUGCCCGGUUGGCGAAUGGGCUGGAUCAUCGUGCACGAUCGCAAGAAUCGCUUGCGCGACGCCAUUGUCGGCCUGAAGAACAUGUGUGGUCGCAUCCUGGGCUCCAACACCAUCAUCCAGGGUGCCUUGCCCGAUAUCCUCACCAAGACACCGCAGUCUUACUUCGACGGUGUGAUCGACGUGCUCCACUCGAAUGCCGAGCUGGCCUACAAGAUGCUGAAACAGGUGCGUGGCCUCGAUCCCGUGAUGCCCCACGGAGCCAUGUACAUGAUGAUCGGCGUGAGCAUCGAACGCUUCCCGGCGUUCAAGGACGACACCCACUUUGUCCAGGAGCUGGUUAACGAGCAGAGUGUCUUCUGCCUGCCGGGCAGCUGCUUUGAGUACCCGGGAUACGUGAGGAUCGUGCUCACCGUGCCCGGCGCGAUGAUCGAGGAGGCGUGCUCCAGGAUUGCCGAGUUCUGCGACCGCCACUACAAGAAGGAGUCGCGCAACUUCAUUGAGCACGAGCUGCUGGACUGCGAUGAUCUGGCCUUCUGAGCUGGGAGCAAAACAUUUAUUAGACAUUCUAGACUACAAAUUUGUAUCAAGUGUACAUAAGUAUAUGUAUGUAUAUAAUAUAUAUAUAUAUCAAUCAUUUUAACUAUCCAAUAUAAGGAGUAUUGUCUCAAAAAAUUGCUGAAAAAGUAAAGCGCGUCACACAGAUAGAUAGAGUUUAGAAAGAGCGAGUAAACUGCGGCUAAGUAAAAGUUCGUUAUGGAGGACUUCUGAAUACAAAUAUAUAUAAUAUAAAUAUAUAUAGGCCUAUAUUUGAGCAAUCAGGCGCUGUAGGCUGGCUGGGGUUCUGUGCAAGAAACGAUUUGUUUGUGAAUGUAAGCUUGGUGAGAGUAUUGCUCCUUUGGAACAUUAUGAUAUGAUGUUUUUUUUGCUAGUCACAAUUAUUUCUAUUAGUUUUAAAUCAAUUUUCUGGCAGCCUCUAUCUAACUUGUCAUUUCAAUUUAAAAAUGCUUAACACUUUAGCACAAAUUAGAUUUAGAUGCCUGUAAUGCUUCGUUGUAAGACAUUUUCGAAUGCUUUGGGGAGUAAAGGGUUGAGAAACGUAAUUCGAAUGCUGGUGAGUGUUGUGAAGUGUAAUUGAAUGGUCCCCACAGUUCAGCAUUC